AUGCGGAGGGCGUCUCACGAAGAGGCGUGGGACUCCGAAUGCGCGGUUCGCCUUUCGCCGCCCGCCACGGCGUUCCAUUGUAAUUGUUAUGGCAGUCCGGAGCCGUACUCCCAAAAACCCGACCAGAUCCGCGGAAGGGGAGCACGCAAAAACCAGUCGGCAGCCGGGAGGACUGGGCGUAAGGGCGAGCGUCUCCGAGGAUACCGGUAUCAAUCUGCCAUAGGUGUA